CUGUCAAAAGUCGGCAGUUGUUGUCAGCAGAUGGUGACAGAAGCAAUAGACACAUGGAACCAGAAAAGAAAAACGACGAGUUCGAACCAGGUGCUGCCCAAUUUGGGAACUUUAUCACUUAUUAUAAGUUUAAUCCACCCGAGAAUCGUUUGGCGGUAUUCGAGGGGAAUUUCUGUGAAUAUUUCUCAUCUCAUCAGCCUCUACUAUGCCUAGACGUGGGCUGCAAUACUGGGGACCUGACAAAAGGCUUGUAUGAGAUGCUGUCAUCUGGCCGGUCUGCUGUACGCAUGAUGGGUGUCGAUUUGGACGCACAGCUGGUAGAAAGAGCCAACGAAGCGAUAUCAAACGAACUGGAAUCUAAGUUGCAAUUCCAUACCUUGGAUUUCGUGGCGAAAGCUGAAGAACGCAACCAACUGUUAAGUCGCUACCUAGAAACUCAUCAAUCUGGACGGAAACGUUUUGAUAUCGCUUUCUGCUUUUCGACUACCAUGUGGGUCCACCUGAAUCACGGUGAUGCCGGAUUAGAAUCUUUGCUGGCCAGUCUCGCUGCAUGGGCAGACAACGUUGUCAUCGAGCCCCAGCCUUGGAAAUGCUACCGUAAUGCUACUCGACGGCGUCGACGAGCCAAUCUUCCACCUUUUCCUUCAUUCGGUUUGCUAGUUCACCGCGAAAAUGUGGUCGCCCACAUCAAAGAAGUCUUUUGCAAUGGAAUGGACAUGGAACUACAAGAACAUCUGGGUCAAUCGGAGUGGCAACGGCCGGUCUUGUGGUACCGCCAUAAACCAACAACCAAUUUAGCGAUUUAAUAAAAAAAACAUGGAGGAAAGUGGGAAGAGGAAAUACAUUAACUGAGUAUUA